AUGGCUGUCUGCAACUCCCUACACAACGGCUGCAAGCAAGGCAAGAGAGCCCCAGGAAACCGCACCACAAGGAUGCGCCUAGGGCAACUUGGGAUCUCCCCGCCGAAAGUUUCAGGGCCAGAGCAUGUGAUAGUACUUCAUAUCCAGAUAACAUUCCAUUGUAUAGAAGUGAAUGGUAUUGCAUUGUUUGGCUAUCAGAAAUCCUACUGUUAUGAACAUUACUGGCUUUUUUCCAGACUCCAAGCUCCGGGUCCAACACUAAGAGCCUUUUCCGUGUCACAGCCUUUGCAUCAAGUGGCAGGUCCUGUGUGGAACCUGGGUCCACUCAAUCAUGUAGCCAUAGCAGUGCCAGAUUUGGAAAAGGCCGCCGCAUUUUCUAAGAAUAUUCUGGGAGCCCAGUUAAGUGAAGUGGUCCCUCUUCCUGAACAUGGAGUAUCUGUUGUUUUUGUCACCCUGGGAAAUACCAAGAUGGAACUGCUUCAUCCGUUGGGAAGUGAGUGUCCAGUUGCAGGUUUUCUGCAGAAAAACAAGGCUGGAGGAAUGCAUCACGUCUGCAUUGAGAUCUUUUUUCACUGAGCAUCUAUUCCUCGGGAAAGAAAAAUUAUAUAACUUCAAAGUAACAG